GUUCAACCAUCAUUACCGUCCUUACAACGUUUUCAUCAUUCAAGCUGCUCAUGCGAAAUCAAAAGGCCUCUUCUUUUCUUUAAUCCAAUCCUUGCUUACAUAGCAUCGAGGAUUCUACUCUGCCUCAUCGGCAAUCAUGAUUUUUUCUUAGGUCGUCAUGGUAUCCAAAGUCCUGAUCCUUGCAGGCGCCCCAGAUAACCAUGGACUCGACUGGAAAGAAUCCAAUCUCUUAAACCAAUUUCUCGACCCGAUCGCAGAAUUCGCCCGUCUUAACACAUCUUUAAGUCAGGUAGACAAUAGUCACAUACUAGGAUCUGCUCUAGAUGUUGCCGUCUGGAGAUCGAUACCACUAGAAAGGGCAGCAUUACCGACUGGAUUCUCUCAACUUCACCAAGUGGAACAAAAUCAUUAUGGAGGUGAAGGUUUCUUCGCAGCUUUUACCGCUUCUCUCGAGUCUGCGUCCGCCCUAACAGGAAGCGGAAAAUCAAGCCAGGAAAUUCUGGACCAGUUUUACGACCACUCCUUGGCUGUACAUGACGAUAUUCGCUCCUCUCAAUUGCCAACUGCGAGUUUCAGCACCGACGGGUCCUCAUUAAAUACAACCGAGGAAAUAAGCAUCCAGGACUCAAUGCGCAGUAGUAACGCCUCCACCCGCCAGACUCGAAACUCAGCCGUUCAAAAUUUCCACCUAAGUGACCUAGAAGACCUACCGAAUGCAUCGCAUCUCCAAUCCAUUGCACCUCAGACGAUGACAGUUAACCUCAUCGUCGGUAUAAUAUCUAUCGCUGAGCCGCGGACUGUUCGGACGAGGUGGGGCACGACUAAGUCCCUAAUCGAGCUACUCGUAGGCGACGAGACCAAGUCAGGUUUUAGUGUAACCUUCUGGCUAUCGUCUGAGCUAGGCGAGUCCUCCGGUAAGAUUCUUAAGGAGCUUCGCCGGCAGGAUAUCGUACUGCUCCGUAACGUCGCGCUGAGCGUGUUCAUGAAACAGGUGCAUGGACAUAGCUUGAGAAAGGGCCUGACGAAAGUCGAGUUGCUGCAUCGGAGGAAAUUGGAUAGGAAUGAUCGCGGUGGACUUUACAAUAUGAGGGAUGUUUCGUCGAAACGACCUACGAAUCCUCAACUGGCGAAAACUAGAAAGGUGCGGGAAUGGGUUAUGAAUUUCGUUGGUGAUGGUGGAAAAGUUAGUGGGAAGAGAAAACAGGGCGGAAGGCCCUUAAGAAGUUGGGAUAUGCCGCCUGAAGAUACUCAGUAGCGACCUAAAGAUGUCGCAAAUAUUAGUGCAAUUUAGUGUGCUACUGGCUUUUCACCUGCUAUACGAUAGUGGUUGAUAUAGGGCUUAGGGGUCGGCGGAGUCAGCAUUAGAAGCGUCUCUCAGCACCUAACAA